AUGCCUCGGACUACCAAAAGAGCCGUGAAACCGCCUUCCGACUCUGGCGAAGAUGACCACGACGAGCAUGACCUCUCCGACGUCGAAGAACCCCCCACCAUCGACCCUUACGAGGUCCUUGGACUUGAGCGCGAUGCGACCGCCGAUCAGAUCAAGACUGCGUAUCGGAAGGCUGCGUUAAAGAACCAUCCUGACAAGGUCCCAGCCGAACAAAAGGACUCCGCCACCGCCAAAUUCCAACAAAUCGCCCUAGCCCACGCCAUCCUCUCUUCCCCCACCCGCCGCCAACUCUACGACACCACGGGCUCAACGUCAGACACUCUCGCCCAAGAUGACUUCAACUGGGCCGACUACUACAAAUCCUGUUUUGCCGAUUCCAUCUCCGAAGCCACCAUCGAGGCGUUCGCAAAGACUUACAAAAACUCCGACGAAGAGCGAUCGGAUGUUCUGGCCGCUUACACCGAAUUCGAGGGCGAUAUGGACGGAGUAUACGAGAGUGUGCUGUUAUCUAAUGUGUUGGAAGACGAUGAGCGGUUUAGGACAUGGAUUGAUGAAGCUAUUGAGAAGGGGGAGGUGGAGGCUUAUCCGAAUUAUACCAAGGAGACGAAGAAGAAGCGGGCGGCGAGGGUGAAGGCUGCGAGGGGGGAGGCGAAGGAGGCGGAAGAACUUGCUAAGGAGUUGGGGGUUUAUGACAAGUUGAUGGGUUCCGGUAAUGGUGACAGCAGUAAAGGUGGGAAGGCUAAGGGCAAGGGAGGAAAAGGAAAGAAGGAUGACGGCGAAGGUGCCCUGGCCGCGUUGAUCUUGGCGAGACAGCAGAGUAGGGGGGAUAUGUUUGAUAAAUUGGCGGAAAAGUAUGGAGCUAAGCCGAAGGGGAAGGGAGGCAAAAGGAAGGCGGAGGAGCCACCGGAACUUGACGAGGAGGAGUUUCAAAGGAUACAAGCUGGGUUGGGGAGGGGCGGUUCGUCAAGUGGUGGGGCGAAGAAGGCAAAGAAAAGAAAGGCGUAA